ACUACGAGGAAGUUAAAAACGGAUGCGAAGAUGGCAUUGAGACGUUCAGGUACAAGAAUCUGCAGAGAUAUUGUUCUCCUGGCAAGUUUAUGCUUUUCUUCCAUUACUAGCAUAUUGAUCGUCAACUGUCGGGGAAAAGAAUAUAACUUUAAAUUGUGGCAAAAUGGUUUUCUAGCUGUAGGAAGGAAAGAGUGCUUUUUUUUUUUUUUUUUGACCUGGAAGUUAGAUUAUCCUGUUGAGAUCCUCAUUUUCUCUUUACUGUCUCUUGUCUCGUAGCUAUGGAGGAAUCUGCCAUUGUUGAAAAGCAGAGCCAGAGAAAAAGAAGCAGCAGCGACAACAACGCUUUUGCCAAGUUCGUGCCUCUUGCUUCGCCAUUAGGAGACGACGGUGCAUCCCAAGAGGCAAACCUUGAAGCUGAAGGUCACGAUAAUGGACGCAAAAGACUCAAACCAAAUUCCCCGUCGGAGUUCGCCUACAUCUCCUCUUCCUCCUCUUCUCCUCUUCUCAAGCAAUCCAUGGCCCAAGACAAUCAGCAAUUUUCCUCUCCUUCCACAAUGAGUAAGCAUUCCACUGAUACAAGACCAUCUCCAUCUUCCAUUGCGAGCAAAUCCAAUAUCGCUUUCGAGGCGCUGGAUACAAAAAGCAGCCAAGAUCUCUCAGCUGGGAAAUUCAAUUGCAAAGAAGAUCGAUUUGAGCUGGGGCCGACAGGUUCAAUGGCAGCUGAACAACUAUCUAAGAGACCAAAGAGCGGAGGAAUCUACGAAGCAAUUAGGGUUCAUAGAGAAAGUACAUUGAAACGGCUAAGAGAACUGUGCAAUGAGGAGCCGACGAUCGAUGUGGGAAUUGAGAUGGCUGAUGUGGCAUCUCUUCUGAAGCUUAUGAGCUCCUCAACUGAUGAGAUCAUUGAGAGCGCAGGGCAAAAGGCUCAUCGGGGAGCACUGUUGUUGCUUCAAGCAGAGAUCCUUCGCAAGAAUGGUCUGCAGCUACUUUCUGAGAGCCAAAACUCGUUCAAGGAUAUCUUAUAAUUACGGGUUGCUUUGGUUCAAGCGGACCUUAAAUUUUCCCCUUUGUUCAAUCUAACUGUUAUUUAACUUCUUAUAUGAUACUGAUCUUUACGUUCGAAAGACAUGCUUUGGUUGGAAUCGAACAACUGAAUAUCUUUCUUUCGGUAUAUGCAUUUCUACGGAUUCAAUUUUCUGGGAUUCUUGCGUAUUCUUACAUAUGAUAACUUUGGUGAUUGGCAAUCGUGUCACAAUAUGAAGAAGUCAAAUGUA